AUGAAAUAUUCAACAGUUACUGAUAUUUUGAAUGAAAAAGAGCGUUGGCUUGCAAUUUCAGAAGGGCAAGGAAAUGUUAAAAAAUUUCGUAAUCCAAAGUGGCCUCAACUUGAGAAAGAACUUAGUAUUUGGGUUGAUAAUGCACUUAAUAUAAAACAAGACAUUGAUGAUAAUAUUUUAAAAACUAAAGCAAAUUAUUUUACUAGACAGUUUUCUAUAGAAGAUUUUAAUAAUUCAGAAGGGUGGUUAUAUAGUUUAAAAAAUGUCAUAGUUUGCAUCAGUUUAAGAAGCAAG